GAGGGGCCUGUCAGUGACUUCCGAGGGGCGGGUCGCUGGAGGCUGGCUUUAGGAGGGAAUUUCAGAGGUGGGGCUUCGAGGGCGGCGCUGCCUCAGGCAGCCACUGCGGAGGGUGGUUUAGGGGUUCACUCAAGUUCAGCACACCUGGGGGCCCUGAUGCGCCUUACGGUUACGCCCAGGGGUUCAUCCUGUGGGGCUCGAUAGUGCCCUCACUGAAAUGGGAGGGGCUGGACAUUUGAAGUAGAAGGCCCCUCCCAGGCCGUCCUUGGGGGUCCCCAGACCCAGGUGGGGAGCGGCCUCCCCUGAGACUGCGCGUGGAGACACCCGAGGGGGCGGGCACCCAACUCUGCGCGGCCCCUGGAGGGAGGGGCUGGGGGCCCGGAUUGCGGGUGGAGAAAUAGGGAGGGGGCAGCAUCUUGCUGCAGUCGGAGCCAAAGCAGGGAUUUGACCGCAGCCCAUUUUGAGGCCGAGGGUGAGCUAAGUCGCACCCCCGCAUUAACGGGGCAACCCUCGCGUGGUUGUUGCGCUUGGGCGCUGACCUCCACAAGGACCUGAGUGCAAAUGCCCGAGACCCUGCAGGCAGGCGGGUGGCCGGUAUCCUCUGUGGUCCUUUUUCUGUGCUCCUGUCCAAUAGGCAGGUGGACCCGCGGCCAGGGCCUGGCAGCGGCCCCACCGCAGGCCCGAAUUUGCAAAAGUGGAGACUCUGACAACCCCCCUGGAGGUUGUGAUUCAUAAACAAUCAUGCCCGGAACACGAUGAAGCUCACAGAAGGUAUUACAUUGUAUUAAAAUGACUUGUUUAUCUCUUUGUUGCAUCGAUGACCCCCGGGGCCAGAACAACUUGGCAGCCAGACAACUUGGGGCCACUAGGAAUCCCUCCUCUGCCUCUCACUAGUGGUGCUCUAUGGGCUUCUGUCUCCCAAACUGACAAAUGGAAAUAACAUGCACUUCCGAGGGCCGUUCUGAGGAUGCUUUGAGUAAAUGUGUGAAAAGUUGAGCCCAGCACCCAGAACUGAUGCAUUUACAUAGCAAAGGCGACAUAAAUAUCUACUGUUAUUAUUAUUUGUAUUUAUUUCCUGCUUUUUCGUGGUCCUGGUGCUGAGAGUUGGCACCUAAUAACUGAUUGCUGACUUAAUGAUUCUAUAAGUUCCCCAUUCCCUCCCCUCUCCUCCCUCACCCUAUCCGGUUCCCUGACCCCGCACCCAGCCUCCACUCCCCAAGAAGUUGCCAAGGGUUUGGGGGAACAUUCAACCUGUCGGUGAGUUUGGGCAGCUCAGGCAAACCAUCGACCGUUGAGUGGACCCCGAGGCCUGGAACUGCCAUCCACACAUCACGACCCCCACUUUCCAGAUCGAGGGGGUCCUGGGGAUCCCCUCCCUUAGGCCACAGCGAAGGUCACAAUCAACAUUCAUUGUUGUCGGUGGGUUGUGAGGACGGAGGCCAGACCCACCGAGGGAUGAAUGUCACUGUGGCUGGGCCGGACACAGCCUAAGGGGAAUGGGAUGGAGGACAAAACCCCCCCUGGACUCUCCCCCCGCCCCCGCCCCAAAUUGCUCAGCCAGUACCUGACCUUGAGCCUAGCCUCUCACCCCUUGGAGAGGGCUGGUAUCUGGAAUCCUUAAGGACACAGGCUGGAUUUGGGGAAUAAGUCCUGGAGGGUUGGGGGCACGAAUCACAGGUUCGGGGCUGGACAGCUGAAAAACCUUUGUGAAGGGGAUUAGUGAGCCCUGAUUCCAGAAGCCUCAAUAAAGUUUUCUUGAAUGAAUGAAUCAAUCAAUGAAUGAAUGAGGUGGGUAAGCAGCAUAGCACUUCUCUGCAUUCAAGUCCUGGGCCCAGUUUUCUCACCCUCCUUGCCUGGUACCCGCAGACCCCUGCUUUACCUUCCGUUGCCCACCUAGCACCUUGACAGCAGUCGAUCCCUCCACUUGCCAGUCUGUGCUCCACCUGGGUGACUCCUGGGCACACCUCAUCCUCAUGAGACUGAGCUGAGGUCUCAUCUGAGGGGAGAUCAAGGAGCUGACGAGUGCUAGGGGUCCCGCCCCCCAUUAGCCCAACCUGCGCCUGUGCUCGCCCCCCACCCAUAAUGUUUUGCCUUACCCUCUUUCCACCCCAGGACCUGGACACACUGACUCCCCAACACCUAAAAUAACUGCGUGGGGGAGGCAGGCUUUGUAUUAUUUUUGUGAAUAACCCCAGGGGCAGGUGGCUUCAUACUUCAGUUUGUUCAUCUGUUAAAGGGGGGUUCCACUGAUAAGGGGUGGAAAGCUCCCUGAGGGUGACCAGAGCUGGGGGCUUUGGUCCUUGUCCCUUCACCCCACAAGCCAGGCCUAUCCUCCUUCCAAAGACAGCUGGAACAUCAGUAGCUCCCCACCCCCCUUCCCAAAGAGCCCAGGGGUACCCUGCCCCUCCCCCAGCCCAGGAGAAGGAAGAAAGAAGUUACUAAGUUACUGGUUGCAUCAAUGCAAGUCUUUGGGGCGGGGCUUCCAACCCCCCCACCCCCAUCACCCUGUGGGGCAGGAGUGGCAGGCAAGCUCUAAGGAGGGUUAGGCAGGGGUAGCUCUCCCAAUGCCCUGUGGGUGAGGUGUGUGGCUCCAGAUUACUGAUGCCCCCUGCAGCCUGUGUCUUGUCACCCCCCCUCACCCCCCAGCCCACCCAGAGACCAUGUAUCCCCUUGGCAGGUGCAUUUUUGGGGGAGCGGCAGCAAGCCCCCCCUGUGACAAUAAGAAACCUCCUGCAGCCUGCUCCUCCCUCCUCACACCCCCUUGGAGGUAUAAGGAGGGAACUGACAGACCAGACUCCUCGGCUCCAGAGAGGGGAAGGGAGGGGUAGAAGGACAAACUUUGGAACGGCUGGGUUUCUUCUCUCUCUGCCCCUCCACCUGGCACAUGUUGCCCAGCCAUGGGGACCUUCAAUCUAUGGACAGAUUAUCUGGGUUUGGCACGCCUGGUAGGGGCUCCGCGUGGGGAAGAGGAGCCUGAGACCAGGCUGGACCUCCAGCCAGAACCAGUGCCAGGACCGGAAGGUCAGAAGCCCAGCCCGGAAUCCUCACCAGCUCCAGAACGCCUGUGCUCUUUCUGCAAACACAACGGCGAGUCCCGGGCCAUCUACCAGUCCCAUGUGCUCAAGGACGAAGCGGGCCGGGUGCUGUGCCCCAUCCUUCGAGACUACGUGUGUCCCCAGUGUGGUGCCACUCGUGAGCGCGCCCACACCCGCCGCUUCUGCCCGCUCACCGGCCAGGGCUACACCUCCGUCUACAGCUAUACCACCCGCAACUCUGCUGGCAAGAAGCUGGCCCGCCCGGAGAAGGCCAGGACGCUGGACUUGGGACGCCGAGGAGGAGGAGGAGGAGGUUCCAAAGGUGCCGGGAAGUCUUCUGGAACUCCUCCCUCUUCCUGCUGUCCCUCCUCUUCUGCCUAAGGAGACUGGCGCGGGCAGGACGGGGAUGCUGCCUUCACCUGGGGAUGGGGACCCAGGCUCAGUGGAGGCUGGAUUUCAGGGAAGAUUCACCCUCGGAGGAUCCGCCCCCAGGCCCUGCCCCCAGCCUGCGGGCCUGGCAAAGGAGCCGCGUCUUGGAGCACAGCCCAAAGCGCGCCCCGCCCCCCUCAAGGAAGGAGGUGGCUCUCAGGCACCCCAGCCCUUCUUCCCCAGCGCUGGGCACC